UGAAAGCAUUGAUCCAUUUAAUUGAAUAUCGGACGGUUUGAAGUUAAGCUCGGCUCCGUUUUGGCGCGCUAGUUUUAGGAUUAAGUUGAUUUUUUAAAAUUUUUUUGCUUUGGAUUAAGAUCUGAAAAUGACGACGUCUUCGCUUAGUCAUUGAAAUGGAAAAUAAUGAAAACAAGGAAGAAGAAUAAAAUGUGUAAUGUGAUAUAAUAACCAAAGACAAAAAAAAACAUAAAUCAAAGAAGAUUUUACUCCUUCUAAAAGAAAGAAAAAAAGAAUACAAUGAAAGAUCACUUAGUGCGUUGUGAAAAUGGGACUACCUCACCUUCCCAACUAACGGAAACUUGUUCACACAACGAUGUACCUCAACAGAAAUCGGUUAUUGUUAAAAAUUACGAUUCGGAUACGGAAAAUGAAAAGCCGGUUCUUCUGGAACUGGGGUCAACUUCAACAAAUACAGCUCAAAACACAGAUUAUGCCGCAGAAUAUCCGCAGGACAUGCAUUUGAGCAAUUACAACAUAAAUCAACAUACGCACCAGACAUAUGCAAACCUAACUGAUGCCAUUCCGUUGACAAAUUCAACACUUUACCACAAUCCUUAUGCCGAUGCGAUCUCAUUGCCCCCACCCCCCCUUUCCUCGCUAAUCUCGCCGACAUCACUGGCUGCUUGUUCAUUGCAUGGUCCACCAUCAUUUACCGGCCAUAUACCACAGACUGUUUACACAUGGGCCAAUGGUACACCCUUGUCUAGUGCUGUAGCUGAUGAAAUUUCUGGAAAAAUUGCCACAUCUGAAACCGUUCCAGCUCCCAUUUAUAUGACAUACAACCAUCAUGGACAGGAGCAUGCGAUAAGUAAGGAAAUCAAUCAUGUUUGGAAGGAGAAAGUUCUGCAAAGUGAAAAAGACUACAAAAAGACCGCCUGUGAUCGCGAGAGAACGCGCAUGCGUGACAUGAAUCGGGCAUUUGAUCAGCUGCGCUCUAAGCUGCCAAUAUCCAAGCCAAAUGGUAAAAAAUAUUCCAAAAUUGAGAGUUUGAGGAUAGCAAUUAAUUACAUCAACCAUUUGCAAGAUUGUCUGAAAAUAUCAGAUCAGUCAAGUGCUCCUCCACAAAAUGCUGUCGAAUAUUUGACUGAGAUGAGUAUGCGGCGACGUGCUCAUGCAUUCCGUUAUGAAAAUCGCAAGUCCAUCUCAUCAUCGUAUGAAGACAUUAACGAAAAGGAUUCCAUCGAUGAAUCGCAUCACAGCACAUGGAGUGACAACUUCAUAACAAACACCUCGAGCCAUGACAAAUGGGAUUAAUUCAAAUGCCUACCAAGCAAGGACUCAGUUAAUGCCAAAGAAUUUAAUGGGUUGUUCAUGUUUUAAUGCGUUGGUCGUUAUCGGCCGUUGCCAGAAUCUCAAAAUAAAAAUUAUACAAAUUAUACAUAAUAAAUGUCAACAGCCUACAAGAUGAGCUUCCAAGACUUCAAAAAUUGUUGUAAAAUUAAUUCUUACAAUAUAAAGAUAGAAUUUUUUGUAUUAAAUUAAAAAAUUUCAAAUUCAGAA